UCCCGGGGACCGGAACCCUCGUUCAGUUCCGGGGACCCGCAACCCUCGUUCAGUCCCGGGAACCCGGAACCCUCGUUCAGUUCCGGGGACCCGCAACCCUCGUUCAGUUCCGGGGACCCGCAACCCUCGUUCAGUCCCGGGGGCCCGGAACCCUCGUUCAGUUCCGGGGACCCGGAACCCUCUAGUGAGCCGUCUCUUGUGGUGGGAGAGAUCACACCGAGUGAGGAAGCUCCACCCACUUGGCUCCACACGGAAGAGCUCAUCUCAGUGGGCACUCUGGGUGCUGAGGCACCGUCGAGCAGCGGCAUUCCCCAACCUUCUCCAGUACCUGCUUUUCUCGCCACGGAACCGCAACCAGGAUUCUUCCGCGACACACCUGCCCAGCUCGCCGAAGACUCCCCCACCGAAUUUCACCUCUCCGACCACAACAAGUCCCCGCAGGACUCAGAGAUGCGGCGGCCCGAGGCGCUCGCUGUCAGACCGACGCCCUCCGCGAUGUCGAUCAUCCAAUCCCUCCCAGGGGAGCCGAAGAGACUCUCAGAGCCAGGACUGGGUGGCGACUCAGAACUCCCCGCCUUGAAACAAGUCCCCGUCUUGAAAGCAGUUCCCGUCUCGGGACAGGUCCCCGUGUCGGGGCAGGUCUCCGUCCUUGGGGAAGAUCCAGAGCGUCAAGCAAAUCUGGAGCCGGAAGAGCUCUCCACGCAUACCGUGAAUGUGGCGGCCCCAACCAUCGACGACUCACUGGACCAGAUUCAGAACCUCUCGGCCGGCAAAGCUGAUCCUCAAGCCCUGGCUUCGCAAGCGCUGGGUUCGGCGAUUAGUGUGGCGUCGGGCAUCGGUGAGUUGGAUGAUGGGCACACGGCUGGAACGCCAUCGUUGCUCCCCGUCCUUGCCGAGUCUCAGGAGCUACAAGGGCGCACACAAGAGCGUCAGGAUUCACACGACUCUCGAGGGCCAAAAGAACCUCAAGAGCGAAAAGAGUCACAAGGGACACCGGAGCCUCAAGAGCCUGAAGGGUCACUGCCGCGUCUGGAGUCACAAGAGAUCGGGCGCGGGUCGAGUGCAUGGUUGGGGGAGAUACGAAGGGAUUUGAUCGAAAGGUUGUCAGAGGUCGCAGACCCGAGUGAGGGAGGCGCCAACGCCGAUAUGGUCAGUAGCGAUGUGGCCGCUGCUCUGAUCAAAUUAUUGUCUGAUGGAGUGUUGAGGGUUUACGAGCGGAUGAGUUUCGAGUUCGGCGGGAAGGGGACCGCAGCGGGAGACCAUUGUUUUUGUGAGUUGGCGGAGGAGUUGCACAAGGUGGUGGUGUCGCGGAGUGCGGAGUCAAGUGUGUUUGCGAACACACGUGCGGUGCGGAUGGAGCGAGCAGUGCAGUUGAGCCGGAGCAAGGUGAAGGAGUUGGCGCAGCAGGAGGCUGCGUCGCGGCGGGCGUUGGAGGCAGCGGAGCGGAAGCACGCGUGUGCGGUAGAGGAGAGCCGGGAGUUGGCGGAGAAGCAGUGCGCACUGAUCGCGCAACAGCAUAGUUCCAUUCGACAGCUGCAGAUGAAGGUGGAGGAGCUCGACGCAGUGGUGGGCAGUUCGCAAGAGACCAUCAAUAGCCUGACCAACCAGAUUUCAGAGUUGACGGAGAUGUUGAUGGACGAACGGGAAGAAGACCGCGAACACGCGCGGGAACAGACCCGUGAACUGGCGUUGGAGCAGGAGCUAGUACGGUGCAAGGAGGAGCUAACUAAGUGCCGGGAGGAGUUUGUUCGGUGCAAGGGGGACUUGAGUGCGGCGAAAGGGUCUAAUGCAGGGCUGCAGAAGGAGCUGGAGAAGGUUCGAGAGGGCGUCGGUCGAGGUGAGGCGGAGGCGAAGGUGGCGCGAGAGGAAUUGGCAAACGUGCAGGGUUUGUUGGGGCGUUGCCGGACGGAGUAUGAGGACACGGUGUCAGGUUUGAGGCGGCAAUUGAGUCAAUUGAAGUUGGAGACUGACAAUGAGCGCGUGGCGUUGCAGGAGACGGUGGCCAACUUGCAGAGUCACGUGAGGCCACCGACGUUUACGGAACUGAAAGAAAAUGCGCAUUGUCGACCUUUGGCUAUUGUCAUGCACAAGGAAACAGGUUACGUUUUGGUUGAGCGAGACGGCGAGGAACGUUUCUGGUCUAUCGACAAGGACAUUCCGGGCAGCCGACUGGGAAACCAUCUGUGCGACGGCGACGGCUGGGGUGCCUUCAGACCGGCACCAGAAGACCUGGCUUCCGCCGAACUCGGUGUGCCCGUCUAUGUAGCCCUGUCCGAUGCCAAGGUCAGACAACUCGAGGACCUGGAACUGGAAUUAUCACGAAGGCAACUCCUUAGCGCGCAAGAAAGUGUUGGCAAUAAAAUCGAACUUGUCCUUCGAAACGAAGCGGACAAAAACCUUGAAAACAGAAUUGAACUGCUCCUCGCGGAAAUCAGAACUCUCAAAGGGACCAUACAACAACUUAGAGACAGACAUUAUGGUGAGCAGUUUACUGGUAACCAGGUGGACGAGAUACUGGAUCAGGCGAUACAGGACGGCGCGAGCCCGAACAAGCAGGACCUGGGCGCCCCAGGCGGCGACCAGACGACCCCAGGCGGCCAGGUGACGAUGCAAGGCGUGGCGGAGCUCCAGAGACGACUACAGAGGGCUGAACACUUGCUGAAGAACAGUGAGCAACGAAUCCGCAGUCUGGAAUCAGAACUAAUCGAAAGCCUAAGCAGGCAGAAGAGCCGACCCAGCCUCACCGCUCCAGUCUCCAUCGAAGACCCCACACCACCACCGCUGGACCCCGCCAGCCAGUUGGAGUUUCUGGACGGGAUGAGUGACACUGGUCGGUCGCAGCCGUCGGCGACUCACGCCAUAGACCUGCGAAUAGUGGCCCUCACGGAGAAGAACGAGGAGCUGGAACAGCAACUCAAGAAGUUGGCCGACCAACUAACCACUGACGUAAGAACGCCACUGCGUACCCACGCUAUGACCCACACUGUGUGUGAGACCUGCACACUAACCUGCACACUAUACUCCUGA